CUAUAGCUAUAGACAUUCAUUUACUAGUACAGAUAAUAUAUUCUGGGUUCUUCGUUUGAUAGUUUACGAUCGUAAAAUAACUAACAAUCUUAAAAGAGAUGUGACGUCCAACUCAAAUAUAUGCACUAUGCGAUAUAACCACAGACUAUAUGAAAACAGAUAGAUCACUCAGGAUGUAAACAAAAACUAUGAAUAUUAUCACCGUGACAAAAUCAGUGUGACCAUAAUACAGGCAUAAAAUAUCGUUUGGUACACGUAAAAAAUAUGUCCCGAUUCUUACCUGGCGCCAACAUUGAAAUUCGUAUUAACUACCCUCUCUAGACUUGUAUUCUUUAUGUUCAGGUAAUCCUGACCUUUUACAUCCCUUAGGUUAACUUGUCCUCUAGUUGCUGUUUGUGUGAUUUCCAUGUGACUUAUUAGUUGAUCACUGACCAAGUGUGAACGUUUUACAAUUUUUUUUUCGACAUACUAUUUAAUAUUGCUAAACAAUUUAAAAAUGGACAGUAAAAAAACUGGAAUGCGUUGCUCUGUACAAUUUUGCAAAAGUAAAGCAAGUGCUAGAAAUAUAAGGUUUUUCCAAUAUCCAAAAGAUGAUCGUCUACCAAUAUGGAUCAACAAUUGUGGUACAGAAAAUCUGUCUGCAGAACUAUCAAAAAAAAAUAGUUACAAGGUAUGUGGCAAUCACUUUGAAGAUUCAAUAUUUUUGAACUCUACAACCAAAAACCGACUAGUUUUUAAUGCUAUCCCAAUAGUAUUUAAUGAUGAAAUAAUAUUUGAAAGAUCAAAAUUGGCUAAAUUACAAUCGACGACACGAGUAGAUCUACAAUAUUUUGAUGAUAAUUCAAAAAAUCAAAGUAGUUGUUGUAGUUCAAUUCAAGGCACUGAAGGAUUAUCAAGUCAUUUAGUUGGGUCUAUGAAUACUUCUGAUGUUUCAAAUGAAUCCUGCAGCUCAACCACAACAACUGAUUCUUCAUGUAAAACUCCUGGAUACAUAUCGGCAAAUACACCAAGGAAACAAAAACUGGCUAUGGAGAUUCUAUCUGGAAAAAAAUAAAUAAAACAUUUAAAAAAAAACAUAGUAAGUCUUAGUCAACAAUUAUCUAACUACGAUACAGUUGAACAUUUUUUAAAAUUAAGUGAAAAAUAUCUAUCACCUGGGUUAUUUACUAUUGUCAAGUCCCAAAUUAAUUUAAAACAAAAAUAAAAAGAAGGAUAUCGAUAUAAUAAUGAAAUUAAACAAUAAGCAUUAAAUAUUUACUUUAUAGGACCUAGAGUUUAUAAACUUGUAUUAAAUACUCUUUCACUACCAUCAAUUUCUAAUUUAAAACGUCUAACUCAUAAAUUUGAAAUAA